GAUGCCGGUGCCAUCCUUCCUGUAGACCACGGACUCGGACGGUCAGCGAUCCGCGCUUCGCCUCAGCUCUCUUACCUGUCGGUGCCCCUUCACCAAGAUCAUGUUCAAGAAAUUUGACGAGAAAGAAAGUGUGUCCAACUGCAUCCAACUGAAAACUUCCGUUAUUAAGGGUAUUAAGAGCCAACUGACUGAGCAGUUUCCAGGUAUCGAGCCGUGGCUUAAUCAAAUCAUGCCUAAGAAAGAUCCCGUCAAAAUAGUGAGAUGCCAUGAACACAUGGAAAUCCUUACAGUCAACGGAGAAUUACUGUUUUUCAGGCAGAGAAAAGGACCUUUUUAUCCAACGCUAAGAUUACUUCACAAAUACCCGUUUAUCCUGCCACACCAGCAGGUCGACAAAGGAGCCAUCAAAUUUGUGCUCAGUGGUGCAAAUAUCAUGUGUCCGGGUUUAACAUCUCCUGGAGCGAAGCUCUACACUGCUGCAGUAGAUACCAUCGUGGCGGUCAUGGCAGAAGGGAAAGAGCAUGCCCUGUGUGUCGGAGUCAUGAAGAUGGCAGCAGCAGACAUUGAGAAGAUCAACAAGGGGAUCGGCAUUGAGAAUAUCCAUUAUCUAAAUGACGGGCUGUGGCACAUGAAGACAUAUAAGUGAGCCUUAGACGCAAUACACUUGAGCUAAAUAUAAAUAUUGUGUUGUAUCUGUGUGUGUGUCUGUAUGUGACAUCAUGAAGACAAUACCUCUGUGGUUGUGCUGAAUAAAUUCAAGAUGCCUUAAAAAAACAAAA